CUGAACCACGUCUUUUUCUUUUCUUUGAGAAAGUAAUCGUACUCCAAUUCUCAAAUCUCACGUAAAAGUACGUACAAGAAUCAAAAAUUCGAAUAAAUCGAAGAUGUCGUGGCAAUCAUACAUAGAUGAUCACUUGAUGGCGGAUAUUGAAGGUAACCACCUCGCCGCCGCCGCCAUCCUCGGUCAUGAUGGCAGUGUCUGGGCUCAGAGCACUACCUUCCCUCAGUUCAAGCCUGAUGAAAUCACUGCUAUCAUGAAUGAUUUUGAAAAUUCUGGUUCACUUGCUCCUACUGGUUUGUAUCUUGGUGGUAUUAAAUACAUGGUAAUUCAAGGUGAGCCUGGGGUUGUCAUCCGAGGGAAGAAGGGACCUGGUGGAGUUACAGUAAAAAAGACCACUAUGGCCUUAAUCAUUGGCAUCUAUGAUGAGCCAAUGACUCCAGGACAGUGCAACAUGGUUGUUGAAAAAAUUGGUGAUUAUCUUAUUGAUCAGGGUCUUUGAUUGUUUUGUGAAACCUGAUACAAGUAUCUGAUGUUGCUUUGGGGUCUUGUUCAUGACAAAUAGUCUGGUGUUUGAGAAGCGAUAAAUAGUGUGAUCUGUUCCUGAACUGAACAAGAUUUGUCUUUGCAUUUUCUGUUUAUGGAAAUUGUUAUCACGAUUUCUUGUGAAUAAAUUAUGUAUUUUUGAGUUUUUAAUUAUGGGUAUUUGGAUUUGCAUUA